AAUGAAAGUUACAAUAAGGUAAUAAAAAGGUAAAAAAGGGAAAACUUAAUAAACCCUAAUAAACUAAGCUGCUAUAUCUCCAACAGAGUCAAACCCCGCUGUUAACCAGGAAAAACAAAGGUACGAUAAUAAGCACAGUUAAGGGAAGGAGAUAGACCUUUGCACAAAGAAAGAGAGAGAGAGAGAAAGAGAUUCCAUCCCCACUAUGUAUAGCAUUUUAAAAAGACAUGACAUAGUUUUCUUAAUUGUGGACAGUUACCUCACAUAAGCAUGGUUACACCAAAAUAAUUGCGAGAAGCUUUGUUGAGAUGCGUUCAGUCCGCUUAUAUAAGUUAGUGGACACACGAUGGGUGAUGGGAGAACCCUUGAAAUUCACAUCAGGUAUGAUCCAUUCUUAGGAUAAUCAUGUGGCAGUGCCUAUACCUGUAUUUUCACCACUUGUUCCCCUUAUUGCCCUCCCUGUAAGAUUAACUUAUUGAAUCACAAUCAUUCUAUCAAUGUUUGAUGAUCUUAUUUAGUUGGUAUGAUUGGUCAAACAUUCUAAUCUCUUGAAAGAAAUUUUGGCGUUGCAUACUGCAGUUCCAAUUAGUUGUGGCUACAUGGGUAGUGAGCAUGCAACUCCUACAAAUUGUCGUACCAAAAGAGGCAGGGAGCCAGUAACUGUAUAUGGACAGCAGAAGCUGCACAUGUCUAUAAAUAAUAACGUUUGUCAAGAUGAACCUGGUGGGCUAAUUGGAAGCAUUUUGAACCCAAAUCCUGUAUCAACUGGAUUGAGACUUUCAUACGAGGAAGAUGAACGCAACUCUUCUGUUACUUCUGCUGGUGAAAACCUGAAAGCUGCUCUUCCUGGUAUGUUGUCCCUCAGCAAUGGUGUUGGAGUUGAUGUUGAUUUGCCAAAAGCUGAAUUUGACAAUUAUAUCAGAGUUCAGGAAGAAAACAUCACAAAGGGUUUAAGGGAUCUGAAUCAGAGACACACAGCUUCUUUAUUAAAUGCUUUAGAAAAUGGAGUCAGCAGGAAAUUAUGCGAGAAAGAGCUUGAAAUUGAGAACAUGAACCACAAGAACAAGGAACUUGGGGAGAAAAUAAAGAAGGUUGCAAUGGAUGCUCAGUCCUGGCACUACAGAGCCAAGUACAAUGAGUCAUUAGUCAUUGCCCUUAAGGGCAAUCUUCAGCAGGUCAUUGCACAAGGUGCUGUACACGCGAGGGAAGGUUGGGGGGACAGUGAGUUAGAUGAUGCUGCCUCUUACACUAACCAUCAGGGCUUUGCGGGUGGUUCUGGAAAUGUAGUUUCCACAAAAAGACAGCUGAACUGCAAAGCUUGCAAGGUUAAAGAAGUCUCCUUCUUGUUAUUUCCAUGUCGACACUUGUGUCUGUGCAAGGAAUGUGAAGGGUUUAUUGAUGUUUGCCCCGUGUGCCAGGCAAUGAAGACUGCAAGUGUGCAAGUAUACAUGUCGUAAAAGAAAGACAUAUCUGAACACUUGCAAUCGUCAUUGUCUCUUUUUUGAGUGAAUAUAAGUUAUCAAAUGUCUGCAUGAUAUUUGUUAUGCAUAUAAACAGGAUGGGAGUUAUGGUGGUCUUCUUCUCGUUUUGCCCUGAUGGCUUCUCGUGCUGUCUUGCUUUGUACAUUGAAAUCUAUACAUAGCAAAAAUAGCUCUAAACUUGCGAUGAGUUUUCUCUACUGUGAAUAUAUCAAUAUAAAUCUUCAGUUCAAGGAUUUACUUCCAAAUCCUAUUAAAUUGUCAGUGAUUGAUGAAUUGAGUGAUGUCGUGUUUCACAAACCAUUGUUAACCUGUCCACUUUGAGUUCUCCUUUUUCCGUCAUAAUCUUCCCUUUUUAUCUUUUGGUUGCUUGUAAUGGACAAACGCUAGAAAUGUGAU